AAUAAAGUAAAUGUCAAUUGUCAUUCUUCGUUCAUAUAUUUUUUAGGUAAAACAGUUUACAAAAUAUUAAAUAGAUUAUAUUUAUUACGAAUCAGUUGCUGGACAUUAGUAGCAUUUUAGAGUAGAUGAUGAAUCCUUGCGCUGUGGCUACGCAACGCCCGGAUAUAGAUGGCGAUGACCGUUGGGCCAGUAUUCAUAAACGCUACCUAAGUGAAUGCAGAGAAAAGGACCCAGACGUCAUAUUUUUGGGAGAUUGCAUAUUUGCAACAUUGUAUGAUACAGACACCUGGAAUCAAUAUUUUGCUCCAAUGCAUUGUUUAAAUUUUAGCAUACGAAAUGAUCGUAUAGAACAUGUGCUGUGGCGUAUUGAAAAUGGAGAACUGGAUAAUGUUAAGCCGAAGAUAGUAGUUUUACAUGUUGGCACAAAUAAUGUGGAUAACAGUGCAGCAGAAAUAGCUGAUGGCAUUCUUGAAAUAGUUAAUAAAAUAAGAACAAAAUUACCAGAUGUAUAUAUUGUCUUACCGACAAUUUUACCACGCGGUCAACAUCCUAAUAAGUUACGCGAAAAAUUUUCUGAAGUAAAUAGUAUCGUUAAAGAAAAGGUGGUUGCGCUCAAUAGAAUACAAACUGUUUGCAUAGGCAAGGACUUAAUACAAAUUGAUGGCACAAUAAGUCAUCAUGAUAUGUUUGAUUAUAAAAAUCUAACGAAUACUGGAGCAAAAAAAGUAUUUGAGCCUGUACAUGAUUUGCUAUCACAAAUCUUAAACGAAAAUGAACAAGAAAAGGACUUAACCCCAUCGGAAUAGCUUAAGUGAUCAUGAAGUAAACUCUAAUGACUACGAAAUCUUAGAUUUUUUUUGGCUUCUCAUAUUUUGAUAUUGCUUAUAUUAUGUUUAUUACCUAUGUUUAUUAUUUUAAUCAUUUCCAAAGAAUUUAAGUCUGCUUUAAAUAACAUAAACGUAUUGCCUCUAGGAUUUAAAACAUAAAUCAAUCAUUCCAAUGAAUUUUUUUAACUCGAAUCAUGAAUAUCAUAUAUUGAAUACAUGUAAUUUAAUUUAAAAAGAAAACG